CUUAAUUUGGUCUUUUCUUUUCAAACGUGCUUUAUAUUGAAAAUAAAUAAUGGCGUAAAGUUUAAACCAUAUUAGAAUAUGAACACGCAGAAUCUGACGUCCAGGUGCAGGAAACAGGCAAAGUAUGUUGGUGGGACAAUUAAAACAUUGCCAACCCUGCAUCUUAUACGCAAGAAAUUACUGUAAUCUGUUUAAUGACACCAGUUCCUUGACCCUAUAUAAACAGGUUUCGGGUUUACUGUGGAAAUGUGGAGUCUUGAUGAAGAAGACAGGCAGUUAAAGUUUAUGAGGUAAUAAAAAAUGCACAAAAAACAAGCAGAAAUUGCCUCUUUUUCUUCUUCUUCUUCUGAGUCUAAGCAGCGAUUCCUAUGCGAGCGUUUCUAAGUACACAUACUCUUUUUCUCGUUUCUCUGCAACAAAAAUCCCAUCUUUUUCCUUUUAUCUUGUUGUUUUUAUCCUCAUUAAGCUGCCCUCCUCCCUGCCCCACACCCACCCAGACACGAGCAAUAACCCCCCACCCCCACCCUCCACCGAACAGAGUUCACAUUUAGGGGUGACUAUCUCCCUCAUUUCAGCCGGAUAAACCGGUGUUUUUUUCACAGAUCCAAAAGGAGGGUACUCUUUAAGAGACUGGGUAUUCCUUCUUUUUCUCUGACUGGCUUCCUAUUCCGUAAAUUUUUUCAAGACGGAAAAAAGCACCUGUGUACUGUUUUUUUUCUCGGGAUGGACUAAAGGCCCUCUGAUGGCAAGUUCUUCUUUUUCUAAUCAUUUUUUAAUGAGGAAGUUGGGGCGUGUUCUUCCUGGGAAAGAUUUGGAUUUCUGGUUGUCAAUUGUGUUCUUGUGAACUUUCUUCAUUUCUGGAAUUCUGGGUCUAGAGAAAGCGAGGAUUCAAGAAUGGAGGAUGAGAGCAACUUUAGAAACUGGGCUGAGUUAAUACCAGAUGCCCUUGGGCUGAUUUUCAAUAACCUGUCAAUUCAGGAUGUGCUUACUGUUGUUCCAAGGGUUUGCAAAUCAUGGGAACGAGCUGUGGUGGGGCCCUACUGUUGGCAGGAAAUAGACAUCGAGGAAUGGAGCAAGAACAUGCCGGCCGAGUAUGUUGAUCGGAUGCUUCAACUGCUGAUCACAAGGUCCCAGGGCUCACUCCGUAAGCUCAACGUUACUGGUGUAUCUAAUAAAGAUACGUUUACUCUCAUUGCUAACAAUGCCAAAUCUUUGCAGAGUUUGGGCUUGCCAAGAAGUGAUAUGGAUGAUGUUGCAGUGGAAGAGCUCGCUGAAAUGUUCAGUAACAUAACUGUCUUAGACAUCAGCUACUGCAACAACAUGGGGGACAUAGCUCUUGACGCGUUUGGAAGGCAUUGCAAGAACCUCACCACUUUUCGCAGAGCAAUGCACCCUCUGGAGGUCAUUGACAAGGUCUGCCAAGAUGAUGAAGCCUUAACGAUUGCUGCCUCCAUGCCAAACCUCAAACAGCUUGAGAUCCCUUACAUGCUGGUAAGCACA